AUCUCUGAUGUCGAUACCAGGUAGAUAUUCCCUUUAGUCAAUACAGCGGAAGUCUGCGGGAGUUCAGUUUAAACUAACUGACCUGCAUUGUAAAGGGUCAUCUCAGGAAUGGAAGGAUUGACGCGCUUCAAAACAUGCGUUGAAGUUCCUCAAGGCUUGGAAGACUCGUUACAAUAUUAUUUCAAUGAGCAAGGAGAGCUAAGGCACAUGAUUACCAAAGAACGAUUUUUGUACAACUACUACAAAAAUGAGUAUGACCGAAACCACAAGCGCUAUCAGGUGCUUGGAGAUAUGAUUACACUUCAGGUUUAUGAUCUUUUGGAGAAAGAUUGUAAUCUACAAAGAAUUUCUAUUCCAGUUGAUGCCACCAAUGAAGAGCCAAAGUCUUUCUUUUUUAUGAGUAAAGAAUUGUUGAGUAUGCAGACAAACCUGCUUGUUCUUCUUCAAGACAAAGGCGUAAUAAGAGCCGGUCAGUGGGGACAAAAAGCAGUGUUCCACCACUCUAUAGAUAAAGGAACACAAAUCCCAUAUAUUAAGACCGCGUUAAGGGACGAUGGAUCUGUAAUUGUCUUGAACCCCAAUGACAAUUUUGUUGAAAUGAAAGAAGAGCCCAACAUGAUCGUGAAAACAGAAGAAGAGUCUCUUCCAGAGAUCAGUGACUCAAUUGAAAGAAAGCUUUGUGUUCCAAAGAGGUGUAGUGGUUCUCCAGAGGAGCACACUACCUAUGUCUGGGACCAUUUUAUUUCCAAAACCGCAGCUACGAAUGUGGCAUUUAUUGCACAUGGUUACGGCGGCCUUGUCUUUCUUGAUCUUUUGUGCAAGAAAAGUGUGGAGGUUAUGAACAAAGUAACUGCGGUAGCGUUUAUAGAUUCCAGACACCAUGCUCAGCACCAGGCAAGAGCGGACCCUGCAGUGCAGACCUGGAUACGUGCGCACUGCAGGAGUUGGGUGCUUAGUUCCAAGUCUUUAGACAGACCAACAGGAUCCUUGAGGAAACUGGAUUGCCCCAAGGUAUCUGCUGGAACUGAAAAUCAUGAGCUUGCACCCUCUAACGCACUUCAAUCUGUUUUCCGAUUUCUUACCAGGUCAUCAAAAAGUCGAAGACGCACAACAUUGCCAUCAAGAACAAUGUUAACCAGAAGUGCUACAAGGAAUAAAUGAACUUUGGUUAUAUCUUCCAUUACAUGCUGUACAAUUAAAAGAAAUAGACUGAUGGCAUUUGAUAUCUAAAGGAAAUA